UCACCCUCGCCCCUGGCCUUGGCCCCGCCGGACGCUGCAGGACGCCAGGCAGAGCCCGUGGCUGCCCAUGGACCUCCUGACAUUCUCUCUCCUUCUGGCAUGGCUGUCGCUGGUGGGGGGCUGGCAGGAGCCUGACCAGAGCCAUGGCUGUGCUGGUGGCAGCUGCUACCCAGCCACUGGGAACCUGCUGGUGGGGCGAGCCCCCCGCCUGAGUGCCACCUCCACCUGCGGGCUGGACGGGCCCCAGGAGUACUGCAUCGUCAGCCACCUCCAGGACUCAGAGAAGUGCUUCACCUGCGACUCCCGGGACCCAUCCCUGCCUGAGAGCCACCGCAUCGAGAAUGUCAUCUACCUGACUGGCCCCCAUGGCCAGCGGACCUGGUGGCAGUCAGAGAACGGUGUGGAGCAUGUCAGCAUCCGCCUGGACCUGGAGGGAGAGUUCCACUUCACCCAUCUCAUCAUGAAGUUUAAGACCUUCCGUCCCGCGGCCAUGCUGGUGGAGCGCUCGGCUGACUUCGGGCGCAGCUGGAAGGUCUACCGCUACUUCGCCUACAACUGCUCCAAGCUCUUCCCUGGCAUUCCCAGCCAGCCCUCGGGGCUGGUGGACGAGGUGUUGUGUGACCAGCGCUACUCUGAGAUCGAGCCCUCCAGCCAUGGGGAGGUCAUCUUCAAGGUGCUGGACCCCUCUAUCCCUGUGGCGGAUCCCUACAGCACGGACAUCCAGGACCUGCUGCGUGUCACCAACCUGCGGGUGAACCUCACCAAGCUGCACACACUGGGGGACAACCUGCUGGACACACGCCAGGAGGUGCUGCACAAGUACUACUAUGCCGUGGAUGAGCUGGUGCUGCGUGGGAGCUGCUUCUGCCAUGGCCAUGCUGCCCAUUGUGCCCCAGCACCCGGUGCUCCGGCAUCCUCCGUCCCUGGCAUGAUCCAUGGGCGCUGUGUCUGUGAGCACCACACACAGGGGCUGAACUGUGAGCGCUGUGAGGACUUCUACCAUGACCUGCCCUGGCGUCCGGCCGAGGGCUCCAGCACCAAUGCCUGCCGCCGCUGCGACUGCAACGAGCACUCACGGUGGUGCCACUUCGACAUGGCCGUCUUCCUGGCCACGGGGAACACCAGCGGGGCCGUGUGUGACGACUGCCAGCACAACACCAUGGGCCGCCGCUGCCACCUCUGCAAGCCCUUCUACUACCGGCACCCCCGCUCCGAUAUCCGUGCCCCCACUGCCUGUGCCCCGUGCGACUGUGACCCGGCAGGAUCGCUGGAUGGGGGUGCCUGUGACGGGCACACGGACGUGGCGCUGGGCAUGAUCGCGGGGCAGUGCCGCUGCAAGGAGCACGUGGCCGGGCCCCGCUGUGACCGCUGCCAGCACGGCGCCUAUGGCCUCAGCCACGGAGACCCACAGGGCUGCCAGCCGUGCAGGUGUGACCCGCGGGGCACGGUGGCGGGCAGCUCCCCCUGCGACCCCGUCAGUGGGGACUGCUACUGCAAACGCUUCGUGGCCGGGCGCUCCUGCAGCCAGUGCGUGCCCGAGUUCUGGGGCCUGAGCUACGACUUGGGAGGCUGCCGGCCCUGCUCCUGUGACUUCGGGGGAGCCUACAGCAACCGGUGCUCCAUGGAGGAUGGGGCAUGUCCUUGUCGUCCUCACCUCAUGGGGCGGCAGUGCGACCAGGUACAGCCCGGCUUCUUCUGUGCCCACCUUGACUACUACACCUAUGAGGCCGAGCAGGCCACUGGCCAUGGUCAUGGCCACCCCCAGCUCCCGGGCGCUGCCCGGCCCGAGGUGCCCCCAGACUGCCUGGAGUAUGAGACUGGGGAGCCUGGGGGGCGGAAGGGGCACCCACGGCCCCACCGCAGCUCCCCCCGCACCCUCCAGCCCCGCAUCCCCCCACGCCGCACCCGCCAGCAGCCCCCCAAGCCAGAUGUGGAGGAGGUGGUGCGGGAUGGCACCGGACGCAUGGUGACGUGGACGGGCUCAGGCUUUGCCCGGGUGCGGGACGGGGCUGGCCUGACCUUCCGAGUGGACAACGUGCCCUACCCCAUGGACUACGAGCUGCUGCUGCGCUACGAGCCCGAGUCAGCCGAGGAUUGGGAAGCCGUGGUCAGCGUCAGCUCCCGGGUGCUGCCCACCAGCCCUCGCUGUGGGAACCUGCUGCCCUCCGAGCAGAUGUACCGCGAGAGCCUGCCCCACAGCCAGAGGUAUGUGCUGCUGUCCCGGCCCUUCUGCUUCGAGCCCAGCACCCCCUACGAGGUGACAAUGCGGCUUCAACGGGCUGGAGUCACCCAGCGCCACCCUGGUGCCUUCAUCCUCAUUGACUCGCUGGUACUCCUGCCACGGGUGUCGGAGCUUCCGGGCUUCCACGGGAUGGAAGCAGCAGCAGCAGCACGUCGGGAGGAGCUGGAGCGGUACCAGUGCCUGGAGGCAUUUCGCAUGGCCCCCCCAGCCCCCCUGGCCCAGGCCUGCGCCCGCCUGGUCUGCAGCGUUUCGGCACUGCUGCACGGCGGGGCUCUGCCCUGCCAGUGCGACCUGCAGGGCUCCCGCAGCAGCGAGUGCCAGGCGCAGGGAGGGCAGUGCGAGUGCAAGCCCCACGUCCUCGGCCGGCGCUGUGACCGCUGCGCUCCAGGCAGCUACGGCUUCGGGCCCCUGGGCUGCAGCCCCUGUGCCUGCUCACCGGAGGGCUCAGUGUCACAGCUAUGUGACCUAGUGAGUGGGCAGUGCCGGUGCCAGCCUGGUGCUGUGGGCCGGCAGUGUGACCAGUGCCAGCCCGGCCACUGGGGCUUCCCUGCCUGCCGGCCCUGCCAGUGCAACGGGCACGCCGAGGACUGCGACCCCCGGACCGGCAGCUGCCUGCACUGCCGCGACCACACCGACGGGCGGCACUGCGAGAGGUGCCAGGAUGGGUACUAUGGGGACCCAGUGCUGGGCUCGGGGCAGCAGUGCCGGCCCUGCCCCUGCCCUGGCUACCCCGGCACACAGCACUACCAUGGGAGCGCCUGCCAUGCUGACGAGGAGACCCACCACAUUGUCUGCCUCUGUGCACCUGGAUAUGCUGGGCCCCGCUGCGACCACUGCUCCCCUGGCUACUUUGGGGCGCCGGAGAUGGAGGGGGGGGUGUGUCGGCCCUGCCAGUGCAACAACAACAUCGAUGCCAGUGACCCAGGGGCCUGCGACCCCCGCACGGGGCACUGCCUGCGCUGCCUGUACCACACUGCUGGGCCCCACUGUGCCCACUGCCAGCCUGGCUACUAUGGCAAUGCCCUGCACCGCAGCUGCCGGCGCUGCAGCUGUGACCCGCGAGGCACCCUAGCCUCCCACUGCACUGCUGGCAUCUGCAACUGCGACCGCAGCACGGGUGCUUGCUCCUGCCGGCCCAACGUGGUGGGCAAGAGCUGCGACCGCUGCGCACCCCACUUCUGGAGCCUGGGAGGGCCAGAGGGCUGUGAGCCCUGCGGCUGCCACCCCACACAUGCCCUGCACCCCUCCUGCGAUGUGGUGACGGGGCAGUGCCAGUGCCGGCCCGGCUUUGGGGGCCGCGUCUGCUCCCAGUGCCAGGACCAUCACUGGGGAGAUCCUGAACACGAGUGCCGAGCCUGCGAGUGCGAGCCGCUGGGCGCCGAGAGCCUGCAGUGCGAGCAGGGCAGCGGGCAGUGCCGGUGCCGGCCGGGCUUCGGGGGGCUGCGCUGCAACCGCUGCCAGCGGGGCUACCAGGACGCCUUCCCCCGCUGCUCGCCCUGCCACCCCUGCUUCGGGCACUGGGACCCUACCCUGGGAAGCCUGCGGGACAGGCUGCAGCACCUGAGGAUGCAGGCACAGGCACUGCAGGAUGGGGUGUCUGACCCCCAGCUCAGCCCCCGCCGCCUGCGGGCACUGGAGGAGGCCUUGGGGCACGUGGAGCAACUGCUGGGCGAGGGGGGCAGCCCUGGCAGCCCCCUCCUCAGUGGGCUGCCUCGGUGGCUGGACAACACCAGAACGGAACUGGAUGACUUCUGGAAACAGCUCCAAGAACUGGAGCAACAUCUGGAUCAGCUGGCACAUGCAGAUGUCCGGCAACGUGACCGGCUAGCCGGGCUGAGCCGUCAGCUGGGGGGCCUCAACCAAACCACCUCCCGCCUCCAGAUCCUGCUUGGCACCGUGGUGGCAGCUGGAUUCAGCGAGUCGUACCGCAGCAUCCUGGCAGCAGCGGAGGACUCGCGGCGGGCAGAGGCGGUGGCCAAUGGCACAGCCAGAGAGCUGGACAGGUCACAGAUGACACGGCGGGCGGCCGAGCGGGCGCUGCGGCAGCGGGGCGAUGCUUUCCGCCGCAGCGCAGCUGCAGCACGGAAAUCCUUGCGGGAGACACGGAAACGGGUGAUGGGACUUAGCAUCACCAGGGUCAAUGAGAAGAUUUGUGGGGUACCUGGGGACCGGAGCUGCGAGCAAUCACCUUGUGGAGGAGCCUUGUGCUGGGACAGCAUGGGGUCACGGCGCUGUGGUGGCACAGGAUGCACAGGGGCACUGCCCGUCUCAGCUCGGGCCCUGAGCAGCGCCCAUAACACCUCACAGCAGCUGGAGGUGGCACUGGGACAGCUGGGGGUUGUGGCACAGAAGACGCAGGAGGUGCAGGAGCUGGCCCGGGGGGCACGGAGCCAGGCGGAGGAGGCCCUGGGGCGCUCACAGGCCACUCGCAGCCGCGCUGAGAAGGCGACAGCCCAGCUGCGGGACUUCAUCCGCCGCAUCAAGGCCUUCCUGGCAGAGGAAGGAGCUGACCCAGGCAGCAUCGAGCUGGUGGCCCGGCAGGUGCUGAACCUCUCCCUGCCCAGCAGCCCUGGCCGGAUUCAGGAGCUGCUGCAGGAGAUGCGGAAGAGCAUCGACCAGCUGGAGGGGGUGGAUGUGGUGUUGAACAGCACAGCACAGGGGCUGGCCAAGGCACGGGGCCUGCUGGCAGAGGGACAGGAUGCCAGGGAGCGAGCGAAAGGUGUGAGAGAUGAGCUGGUGGGGACACAGCGGGCACUGGAGGCAGCACGGAUGCAGGCAGCAGCAGCAAGGAGCACCCUGCGGAGCUCCAGGGAUGCCAUCCGGGUGGCCGACAGCAGAGCCAAGGAGGCGGAGCGCAGGCUGCAGGCCCUGGAGGGGAAGGGGUCACAGGCACAGCAGCGGCUGCGGGAGCUGGCGCAGCGCGUCGCCGCCCUGCAGGAGCAGGGCCGGGAUGCCCGCCGCCUGGCACAGCAAGCCAAGGAUGGGGCGCAGCGUGCCACCGCCACCUCGGGGACACUCAGCCAGGACCUGGCGCAGGUGACGCAGCGCUACGUGGUGCUGAAGGGCCGGGUGAGCGGGCUGGCCGGGGUGUCUGGUGGGGCCCUGCAGCGUGUGACACAGCUGACAGCGGAGGCCAGGGACCUCCUGAACAAGGCCAACAGCAACAAGAGGAAGCUGGAAGAGCUGGAGCAGCACUUCGGGGCCAACGAGCGGGUGAUGGCGGCGAAGGCGACGCGACUGCUGGCGUUGGAGCAGCGGGUCUGGGGGCUGCUGGAGGAGAUCCGAGAAAGGGCCAACGCUUAUGCCACCUGCUAGGGAUCAGGGCCCGGGGCCGGCCCUGCGCCGCAGCCCGGGGGUCCUCUCCCUUCCGCGGGCGCCUGUAGCGCGUCCGCACCUACAA